AUGCCACGGCCAAAAGUCGGAAAAGACGAUGCCAAUUUGAUUCGAGUGCGCAAUAAUCAGCGGCGCUCCCGGGCCCAACGACGCGAUUAUGUCGCUGAGCUCGAGCGCCAGGUCUACGAACAUGAUGCUCGCAGCCCCCCAUACGCAGCGGAUGCUGCUCUUCAGCAGACCAUCGGACGGCUCGAGGAGGAGAAUAGCAGACUCCGGCAGAUGUUGGCACUUGCUGGCGUGAAGCACGCUCUGGUCGACGCGCGUCUGGCGGAAGACCGCAGUGGCGUAGAGGUGACAGACAGUGCCAACCUUCUACCAAGUGUCCCAGAAGCGCCGCCCGAAAACACGGCAAGCGCGCAGAAAGGCAAUGGUUAUGAUGUCCUUCCUUCGAGCAUCCCAAAGUCGGACACGGUCGCUACCAAGACAACCAUCCCCGUUGGCGAGGACGAACUGCUCACAGACGGCUACGGCCUCGGAUUUGAGCUUUUGGCAGCAGCCUCCUCGUUAGAUUCCUUCAGCAUGAUGCCAGGCGCAUCCGCAUGUUGCCAGUCCUUUCCAUGGGACUCGUUCUCGUCCACGCCCAGCGACAACCCCAUCGGCCUUUCCGAAAUCCCAUCCGAGCCCCAGCGCCCCCUCGAGACUACACCGUGUUCUGCCGCCUAUGCACUGAUUCGUGAACAUAACAAGAAAGGGAUCGACAUGAUCGAAAUUGGCAUUCUGCUUUGGAAUGGAUUCGCGAAGGGCGAAGGCGGCGGUGGCUGCACGGUUGACAAGAACUUGCUGUUGAGCGUUUUGGAAUAUAUAAGAGGGUGA